AUGAGCUCUCCGUUCUCUAUCAAUGGCGGCGCCUGCGUCGCAAUGGUCGGCAAGGACUGCGUCGCAAUAGCCUGCGAUCUCCGCCUCGGUCUUCAGGCCCUGACCGUUUCCAACAACUUUCCGAAGAUCUUCCAGUACGGCGACGUCUUCCUGGGCCUCACAGGCCUCGCCACCGAUGUCACGACCGUCGGCGACCUGUUCCGCUACAAGGUCAACAUGUACCGCCUGCGCGAGGAGCGCAACAUCGCUCCGACCACCUUCGCCAACCUCGUCAGCAGCUCCCUCUACGAGCGCCGCUUCGGCCCUUACUUCGUGUCUCCUGUCGUCGCUGGCCUUGAUCCCAAGACGGGCAAGCCCUUCAUCUGUGGCUUCGACUCCAUCGGCUGCAUCGACUUCGCCAAGGAUUUCAUCGUCUCCGGCACGGCGUCUGAACAACUCUUUGGCAUGUGCGAGAGCUUAUGGGAACCCGAUCUGGGCCCCGAGGAGUUGUUCGAAACCAUCUCUCAAUCACUCCUAAACGCGGUUGACCGAGACGCCUUAUCCGGCUGGGGUGCACACGUGUACAUUAUUGAGAAGGACAAGGUCACCAAAAGACUGCUUAAGGGCAGACAAGACUAA